AGACAGUAAAUAUUUCGUGAGAAACUUUAAACAAACAACUACAAAAUGUUCAGUGCAAAAUACUUGAUCGUCGUAGCCUUACUUGUAUGCUGUCUGCUCUGCCAAGAGGCAGUGGAGGCACACUUCCUUGGCAAAGUGGGACAUGAUGUGCACAAGGCCGCCGAAAAGGUGGACAAAGUAGCUAAGACUAUUGGCAAAGCGAAGGGCGCCAUUGCCGCUGGCACUGCUGUGGCUGGAAUUAUUGCCGGUGCUGCUGCUGUUGCUUAAAUAACUAAAACUGGCAAUGACUUUUCUUU